AUGGGGGAGAUUGUCUUUGGCUUAAUCAGCACAAAUAUAUUGCUGGUGAUAACGUAUGACACAGGUCUUACUCUUCAUCUUCCAAAGCUCCAGUUGCCAGGGAUCUUUGAAUGUAGAAAUAACAAGAUUUUAGAUGAUGAAUCUCACAAAGACUCUACCUGCCUGCCUGCUCUGGGAACACAUGCAGAAACUAUUACCAGGCUACCUGCUUUUGGAAGUACUGUUGAAGGGUUUGGGAACAAUAACAGCUACAUGAACAUGGCAGAGGCAAAUAAUGCAUUUCUUGCUGCAAAUGAGCAGACAUUCCAUACGCCGAGCCUUGGGGACGAGGAGUUUGAAAUCCCACCCAUUACCCCCCCACCUGAGUCAGACCCUGCACUGGGGAUGGCAGAUAUUCUGCUGCCCUUUCAGGGCCUUGGGGACCAGCUGCCUGCACAAGGAACCGAAUUUACACCUCAGUUUCCCCCCCAGAGCUUGGAUCUUCCCUCUAUUACAAUAUCCCGCAAUGUUGUGGAGCAAGACGGCGUCAUCCACAGCAAUGGAUUACAUAUGGAUCAGAGUCACACCCAAGUCUCCCAGUAUCGUCAGGAUCACUCUCUGAUUAUGAGAUCUAUUGUCCAUAUGACUGAUGCUGCUCAUUCGGGAAUUAUGCCUCCUUCCCAGCUAACCACCAUUAACCAGUCUCAGCUAAGUGCGCAGCUGGGGCUAAAUUUAGGUGGCACUAAUUUGCCACACACUUCACCCUCCCCUCCCGCAAGUAAAUCAGCCACUCCUUCCCCAUCCAGCUCUAUAAAUGAAGAAGAUGCAGAUGAAUCAAACAGAGCUACUGGAGAAAAAAGAGCUGCUCCAGAUUCUGGGAAGAAGCCCAAGACUCCAAAGAAGAAGAAAAAGAAAGAUCCCAACGAGCCACAAAAGCCAGUGUCAGCAUAUGCCCUUUUCUUCAGGGAUACACAAGCUGCAAUUAAAGGGCAGAACCCAAAUGCUACAUUUGGAGAUGUGUCAAAAAUUGUUGCAUCUAUGUGGGACAGUUUAGGAGAAGAACAAAAACAGGUAUACAAAAGAAAAACUGAAGCUGCCAAAAAAGAAUACCUAAAGGCACUUGCUGCUUACAGAGCAAGCCUUGUUUCUAAGGCUGCUGCAGAAUCUGCUGAGGCCCAGACAAUUCGUUCUGUUCAGCAAACAUUGGCAUCCACAAAUUUGUCUUCCUCCCUUAUUUUGAAUACUUCUCUUUCUCAACAUGCAACAGUAUCGGCAUCCCCUCAAGCUCUUCAACAGUCCCUUCCAAGAGCAAUUGCUCCAAAGCCUUUAACCAUGAGACUGCCAAUGAAUCAGAUUGUUGCUUCUGUUACCAUUGCAUCAAACAUGCCAACAAACAUUGCAGCCCCCUUGAUAAGCUCUAUGGGAACAAAUAUGGUGGCAACGCCAUCUUCAUCUCAAGUCAGUCCCUCAAUGCAAAGCCAGCAGCACCAGAUACAGCAGCUCCAGCAGCAACAGAUGCAGCAGAUGCAACAGCAACAGCUGCAUCAGCAUCAAAUGCAUCAGCAAAUACAACAACAAAUGCAACAACAGCAUUUUCAGCACCACAUGCAACAGCAUUUGCAGCAGCAGCAGCAUCUUCAACAGCAAAUUAAUCAACAGCAAAUGCAACAGCAACUGCAGCACAUACAGCUUCAGCAAAUGCAGCAGCAGCAAAUGCAGCACAUGCAACACCAGUCACAGCCUUCUCCUCAGCAGCACUCCCCAGUAGCCUCGCAGAUCACCUCUCCCAUCCCUGCCAUUGGGAGCCCUCAGCCAGCACCUCAGCAACACCAGUCACAAAUACAGUCUCAGACACAGACUCAAGUGUUAUCACAGGUCAGUAUUUUCUGAAGAUAAAUGCUCUUGCAACAUGGCUGUGUGUUGAUGGAGGGGGUAGGGGUAAACCAUAUUUGGCUGAAAACUGUAAAUUGUUGAUGGUAGUUAUGCAGGGAUGCAUAACAGAUCAAAUGAUCCUCUAAAGUGUCUAUUAGAUAGGCAAUAAAGAACUACAAUGUAGCUGUGUAUCAUCUUUUAGCUGACUAUAAACCAUUUUGUUUAAAAAAAAAAAAAAAAAAAGCUGUGCUAUUUUUCAUGUGAUGCCUUUUUAAUUUAUUUAAGCUUUACCUACAAUAUGUGAAUCAAAUGGCCUAAUAAAUACCUGGACCUUAUGACUGCAAAAUGGCCUUUCAGAGUUAUAUGAUACUAUGAGACACCCUUUCUUUCUCUAAAAGUGAAUGAUGCACUUCAAGGCAGUAUGAACUCAUGAAGCCCUUAAAGCACAGUUGUAACUACCUGUAAAAUGAUGAUUGGAUUUCAUACAAUCAUAAUUGUAUGACAUGAGUUAGUUGAUGGCAUUUUUUGUCAUGGAAAAAUAGAGUAAAUCACAGAUUUUUGCCAAAGCUCUUAACUUUUUUUUUUUUUUCUCUUAAAUGUCUUCAGAAAAACAAAUGCAAGGAACUGAACUUAAAUGUUUGACCUGACUUUCACUUCAUUUCUCCAAAUAAACCUACCAUAGUUUGUAAGAAAAUAUAUAUAUUGACAUUUACCUUCUUACGUUAAUUCCAACUACAGAACAAAUGUGAAUAUUAUAUUCUGUGUCGAAGUGAUGAGUUUCAGAUUUAAUACACUGUAUUUUUAAAAGGGAAAUGCACUUAAAUAAAACUGUUAUUACAGAAAGCUAAGAUGAAAAAUGCAAGAGUUUUUAAUACGCUGUAAACCCAGUAGAAUAUUUAAAUGAAACUCCACAACUGAAUAAUCAAUGUAAAUAUUUUCUUUAAAAGUUGUAAGUUUUCAUAUCAUGUGUUGUAAAGUUUUCAUAAAUGAGGCUUUAAUGUAAACACUGGUAACAUGAAUUAUUAAUUGCUACAUUGCUUAUCGUGUUUUUAUGCUGUUUUAUACUUUUUUAUGAGUUAUGAUAGCAGCAAUUAAGUUGUUUGUAUUUUGCUUAUCUAAAAUAAAUGCUUUUAUCUUGCUAUAGAAUAAACACAUUUCAGUAAAACUGAUGAGCACAAGUCUUUCAGAGAAAAACCAGAAGUGCUUCUGUAUGAAAACCAUUUAUUAGAAAAUUUAAUGAACUUGUUGGAGUUCAUUUUAUCAAGCACACUGGGUCGAUGGGUGCGGAUGGGAAGGUUGUGCAGCCAGUU